GCGACCGCGGCCCCUCUCCCAGGGCCGGUUCCUCCCGGCGCGUCUUCCGGGUGGGGCCCGGGCCCUGGCGAUGGCGCCCUGGGCGCUCCUCAGCCCUGGGGUCCUGGUGCGAACCGGCCACACCGUGCUGACCUGGGGAAUCACGCUGGUGCUUUUCCUGCACGAUACCGAGCUGCGGCAAUGGGAAGAGCAGGGGGAGCUGCUCCUGCCCCUUACCUUCCUGUUCCUGGUGCUGGGCUCCCUGCUGCUCUACCUGGCUGUGUCGCUUAUGGAUCCUGGCUAUGUGAAUACUCAGCCCCAGCCCCAGGAGCCCAAGGAGGAACAGACAGCCAUGGUUCCACAGGGGAUUGCCCUUCGACGCUGCAGAUACUGCCUGGUGCUGCAGCCCCUGCGGGCCCGACACUGUCGUGAUUGUCGCCGCUGCGUCCGCCGCUAUGACCAUCACUGUCCCUGGAUGGAGAACUGUGUGGGGGAACGCAAUCACCCGCUCUUCGUGGCCUACCUGGCACUGCAGCUGGUGGUUCUUCUGUGGGGCCUGUACCUGGCAUGGUCUGGCCUCCAGUUCUUCCAGCCCUGGGGGCUGUGGCUGCGGACCAGGGGCCUUCUGUUUGCCACCUUCCUGUUGCUGUCCUUCUUCUCACUGGUGGCUGGCCUGCUCCUGGCCUCACACCUCUAUCUGGUGGCCAGCAACACCACCUCCUGGGAGUUCAUCUCCUCACACCGUAUUGCCUACCUCCGCCAGCGCCCCAGCAACCCUUUCAACCGUGGUCUGACCCGCAACCUGGCCCACUUCUUCUGUGGAUGGCCCUCAGGGUCCUGGGAGACCCUCUGGGCUGAGGAGGAAGUGGAGGAGGGCAGCAGCCAGGCUGUUUAGGUUUGCUGGAGGCAGAGCUUGCCAUCUUGUGCCUGAAAACCAGAGGAAUCAUACCUAGCUGGAGUCAGCCCUUGGAGGGCCUGGAGCUCCUCACUCCCGCCCACCCUCCCUGGCCUCAAAGCAGAGCAUCAAGACAGUGGCUGGUUCUAUCUUCCCAAGGAAGAAAGAAAAGAGGACCUAAUUGGGGUUCCAGCACCAAGGCACCCCAGACUCCACCCUACCCCCAAACCAGGCUGCCUCCAGGGCACAGUUUUUCAAAUUUAAUAAUCCAUAAAGCAAGUCAAAUAUUAAAGACAAAUCAAGCCACUC